AGGAGGAGAAGGAGGAGGAAGAGAAAUCCCUCAGCCUGAGACUCCACAGUCCUGUCUGGAGCUGGAGGGAGAAGCAGAGAAGCUGCUCGACCCGCAAACAGGAAUCAGCUGCGGCCAGAGCCGCGGUCACCGUCAUUGAUCAUUGAUCACACCUGAGCGCGCGCGCUCUCGUGCAGGGACUCAUUUCUUGGGAGACUUGUUUUCGUCCCGGGAAUGUUGCUGAACUAAACUUCCUCCUCCUCCUCGGCCGGAGCGCGUUUCCAUCACAAGGAUGUAAAUCUGGGAACCUUUGGAGCAAACCGAGACCUACAGGACGACUUUUUUAUUUAUUAUUAUCUUGAACUCUUGGGAGAAUAUCAGCAGAGAACUCUCCUGCAGCAGCGGCGGAUUCAGAGCGAUGCUCAUCUCUCGCUUGGUUGACGUUGCCGAGGUUCGGACUCGGGAUUGCAGCGACACACACAGACACAAACACCUCAGGCAGAGCGAUCCGCUACACUGGUCAGGAAAUUGGACCUUCAACAGUUGGUAUAUUGAAAAUGAAAUUGCUUUGAAAGGAGAGUGAGGCACUUCUUGUGUUUGGAGGUCAACAGUCCUGGGAACUGAACAGGAAAGUGAGGUGAUUGAUGUCAUCAGAGAUCGACAGGCCUGAAAUCUGAGCAGACAUGGAGUGGUGGUGGUUGUGGCGGCUCACCUUGGUCACCACGGCAACCGUGUACCUCAGCCCCUCCCACUGCAGGACUGCAGAGUUUACCUCGGACACUCUGAUAAACAACGUGGAGGCCGAUCCUCGCACGGACAGGCUGUACGUCGGCGCCGUCAACGCCAUCUACCAGCUGAACUCUGACCUGGAAGUGGAGUCCCGCGCCGAGACGGGCCCGAGACGGGACAGCAAGAAGUGCACGCCGCCCGUCACCGACUCCUGCGAGGAGGCCGUGGACACGGACAAUCACAACAAACUGCUGCUGGUCCACGGGGCAAAAGAGAUGCUGGUGGUCUGCGGCAGCGUCUUCAGAGGCAUCUGCUCGCAGAGGAACCUGAGCAAAGUGGAGCAGCUGCUGUACUUCAGCGACACCAAAGGGGAGAAGUCUUACGUGACGAGCGCAGAGGAGAGCGUCUCUGUCGUGGGAGUGAUGUCAUACUUCACCAUCAAGGACCAAAACCUCACCGUGUUCAUGGUUGGUAAAGGGUACGGCAAUCACGACAGUACCAAGCUGAUAGCCACCCGCAUCCUCCAAGACUAUGGCGAUUGGGUGGUUUUUGACAGCAUCAUUGAGGCCUCUGCGGUCCAAGCAAACUCCUUUGCCAUGAAGUACCUGCACAACUUCCGUUUCACCUUCAAAGACGGUGGCUUCGUGUACUUCCUGCUCUCUCGGACGCUCGGGUUGUCGGACAACAAGAACUUCACCGUGAUUUCCAGAAUGUGCGAAGACGAUCAGGGUUAUUAUUCAUACACGGAGCUGCAACUUAACUGCAGCACCACCAACAAGUAUAACAAAGUUCAGGCCGCCUUCAUAGGAACACCAGGGAAAGAUUUGGCUCAGAAUUUGUCAAAAUCAGGCCAAUAUGGCCGAGUUUCAGCAUUUGACAAGGUCGUGUUUGUGACCUUCGCUUCUGAUGAAGACCCAUCUACAUCGGCCAUGUGCAUGUACCCUCUGCAGGCCAUUAAUAAGCGGCUUGUGGAGAUACUAGAUGCCUGUUACAGCAACAAAGGCAUCAUCAACGGCAAGUCUGCCGUCUACUCACCCUAUUCCUCCAAGUUUGAAGACCUGUGUAGCAGCAACAAUCAGAAUAGCAUGGCCCUUCGAUACAAGUGUGGCGCCGAGUUCCUGCCCUCACCAAUGGCCACCAAGGCCGAGUUCGCCUUAACCGCUGAGCCGUCAGUGGUGCGCAAGGCUCACAUGACGGCGGUGGCCGUCGCCGUGGAGAUGGGGCAUGCCGUGGCGUUCCUGGGCACGGCCGCAGGAGAGAUGCUGAAGGUGCAUUUGUCUGAACAUCCCGAGAUGUACGAACGAAUGCCCGGUGAAGGCACAGGAGACAAGGUCAACAAGAACCUGCUGUUCGAUUCCAGCCUCCAACACCUGUUCAUCACAACUGAGAAAAAGAUCACCAAGGUUCCAGUUCAAGCCUGCCACAUGAAGACAGACUGCCGCUCCUGCGUCGGUAUGAAGGAUCCCUACUGUGGCUGGUGUGUCCUGGAGGGAAAGUGCACCAGAAAGCAGGAGUGUAGCAGGUCGACGGAGACUAAUGCCUGGCUCUGGUCGCCAAAUCAGCAGUGUGUUCAGAUCGAGUCCUUCAAACCACCGAACCUCAGCUGUAAGAAGACACAACAGGUUGAUAUCAGCAUACCCACCCUCCCCAGGCUGAGGGAGCACGAUUCACUGCUUUGUAUUUUCGACUCUUUCACCACCAACGCUGUAGUGGCCAUUGGGAGUCAGGUGAGGUUGACUUGCUCGCUGCCCGACCCAGUGGACAUCCCACCUACUCCUGACCAGCAAGACUAUGUCUCCAUCCCUGUCAAGAUUUUGGUAAACAGAACGACCCUGUUGACGUCGGGGGAGUAUCACUUCUACAACUGUGCUGCUACAGUCAGGAACAACAAAAACACACCAUGUAUAGCGUGUGUGACCAGUCAGUGGGGCUGUCAGUGGAACGCCCAGGAUCACAUCUGCAGUGACAAAGACGAUAACGUGCAGGGAAACCAUAUAGUCAGACCGCAGCAGCCUGACAGUUGUCCUCAGUUCGAGUCUCCGGAGCCACUGCUGAUCCCUGUCGGCUUUGAGAUCCCCAUCAGCUUUCAGGGGAGAAACCUGGACAUCUACAAGGAGCGGCGGUUUACUGUCGGGACUGAGCUGAUGAGGCUCACAGAGGAGGAGGUGACACAGGAGCAAGGCUCAAAGUUCAGAUUUAAAGGUUACCAGUUCUCCUAUGACGAGCAGCAGGAGGUGAAUGUAUCCUUCCAUAUCAAAGACAGAGACACAGAGAGGAAGAUUGACAGCACCCUUACAGUCGUGCUGUAUAACUGUUCGGUGGGAAGAGAGGAUUGCAGUCUGUGUAAACACGCCGACGCCAAGUACCAGUGUGUGUGGUGCGCUGCCUCACACGCCUGCGUCUACAGGGAGCUCUGCCCGUCACCAGAGCCGGCGCAGUGCCCCAACCCGGAGAUCUCUAAUAUCAUCCCUCGCUACGGCCCUAUGAACGGUCUGAUCUCUGUGACUAUCAAAGGCUCAAACAUGGGAAUAAAGAAGGAGGACAUCGUAAAGAUCACAGUGGCCGGCGUGGACUGUGUUCACCUGGAGGACAGAUACUCCGUCUCGACCAGUGUGGUGUGUGAGAUCGGCCCAGCAAAGCCAGUCCCACCGCAGGACCUCCCAGCUGAACGCACCACCAGCGGUCCGGUGGAGAUAAUAGUCGCAGGAGGAAGAGUGGGAAGGUCUAACGUCAUCUUCACCUACCGGGACCCCAAACCACAUAUCGUCAGUCCGAGAAAAGGCCCAGCGGCUGGAGGAACCGUGAUCACCAUUGAAGGAGAAGACUUGGACACGGCAACAAAGGACGACGUUGCAGUGACUGUCGGGAGCGUUCCCUGUGAAGUCCUGACGUUUGGUGAAAACAUUACCUGCAAGACUGGCUGGUACCGUGGACAGAAAGCCCCCUCGGAGUUGUUAAAAGUGUCAGUGAAGUACGGAAAAAACACCACCAAAGAUAUUCCAGACGCCUUCCAGUACUGCGAAAACCCCAAGAUCACAGAUUAUAACCCUAAAACCAGCUUUGUAUGCGGUGGCCGAAGGAUUGUGGUGACUGGCACCGGGUUUGACCUGAUCCAAUCAGCCACGAUGAGAGUCCUGCCUGCCGGAGACGAGUCUUCACAGAGCAGCAGACCUGUCGAGUUUGUCCAGGAGGCUCUGAGUAAGAACGACACCGUGCUGCAGUUUCACUCCCCGUCGGUGAACUGCUGCAAUGACGGCCAGUCCCUCAAGACCGUCCUGCAGCUGGACAACGUGUUGGAGGAACUCAAGACCUUCAACUAUCACUCUGACCCCUCCUUCAACAAGCUGGACAAGAAAGUGAUCUCGGAGACCAGCAUCAUCAUUGUGACGGGUCGGGGAUUCUCCAAGGCAAUGACUGCCAGUGAGGCCCUGGCGUUUGUUGGGGAUGCCUACUGCCACGUUAACAUACUACAGGAUGAUAAACUGAUCCUGGACGCACCUUCGUCACAGCCCAGAGCCAAGUCCAAACGCCAGCGCAGAGACACAACGAAUGACCUGCUGGAGCUUGUGGUGAAGUUUGGUCACGGCGAGUGGGUAGUGGAUUCAGUCUACUACGCCAGAAAAGACGACAUUUCCCUCAGUAUAAUCAUCCCUGCAGUCAUCGUGCCGAUGCUGCUCUUCAUCGCCGUGUCCGUCUACUGCUACAGGAGAAAGAGCCAGCAGGCAGAACGGGAAUAUGAGAAGGUCAGGCAUCAGCUGGAGACUCUGGAGGAAAGUGUCCGAGAUCGAUGCAAGAAAGAGUUCACAGAUCUGAUGAUUGAAAUGGAGGACCACACCAGUGACCUGAGCGAAGCCAGGAUGCCCUUCCUAGACUACAAAAACUACACCGACCGGAGCUUUUUUCUGCCGUCCAAAGAGGGUGCCAACGACCCCAUGAUCACAGGAAAAGUACAAAUCCCAGAAGCCCGCAGGGCUAUCGUGGCUCAAGCUCUUAACCAGUUCUCCAACCUGCUGAACAGUAAAACCUUUCUUAUUAAUUUCAUCCACACAUUAGAGAGCCGGCCGGACUUUAACGCUCGGUCUCGCGGCUACUUUGCCUCGCUGCUGACGGUGGCGCUGCACGGCAAACUGGAGUAUUACACGGACAUCAUGAGGACGCUGCUGCUGGAGCUGAUGGACGAACACGUGCAGAACAAGAACCCCAAGCUGAUGCUCAGGAGGUCUGAGACGGUGGUGGAGAGGAUGCUUUGUAACUGGAUGUCCAUCUGCUUGUAUCAGUUCCUGAGGGACUCUGCUGGAGAGCCUUUAUAUAAACUGUUCAAAGCGCUGAAGCACCAGGUGGAGAAAGGUCCAGUGGACGCCAAGAUGAAGAAAGCCAAAUACACGCUGAACGACACGGGGCUGCUAGGGGACGAUGUGGAGUACUCUGUACUGACUCUGCAGGUGUUGGUGCACGGGGAGGGGCCAGAUGUGACUCCCGUGAAGGUGCUGAACUGUGACUCCAUCACUCAGGUGAAAGAGAAGAUCAUCGAUCAGGUGUACAGGAAUCUGCCGUAUUCUCAGAGACCAAAGGUGGAGAGUGUUGCGCUGGAGUGGCGUCCUGGAUCCACAGGUCAGAUCCUGUCCGACCUCGAUCUCACAUCCCAGAAAGAGGGACGCUGGAAGAGACUCAACACGCUGGCUCAUUACAACGUUCGGGACAACGCCACGUUGGUUCUGUCCAGAGUUUUGCACACACAGUCGUUCCACCAGCACCAGGACAGUCACGAUGAGAAAAACGCGCUGUUGGAGGACGACAACACUUUCCACCUGGUGCGACCGGCGGAUGAAAUUGAUGAGGUGAAGUCGAAGAGAGGCAGCAUGAAGGACAAGGCCAUGACCAAAGCCAUCACAGAGAUCUACCUGACCCGGCUGCUGUCUGUCAAGGGGACGUUGCAGCAGUUUGUGGAUGAUUUCUUCCGCAGUGUGCUCUGCUCGGGCUCUGUCGUCCCUCCUGCCGUCAAAUACUUCUUCGACUUCUUGGACGAACAGGCGCUGAGACACGACAACGUGGACGAGGAGACGCUGCACAUCUGGAAGACCAACAGCUUGCCUCUGCGGUUCUGGGUGAACAUCCUGAGAAACCCACACUUCAUCUUCGACGUGCAUGUGACAGAGGUGGUGGACGCUUCGCUGCACGUCAUCUCACAGACCUUCAUGGACGCCUGCACCAAAACGGAGCACAAACUCAGCAGAGAGUCUCCCAGCAACAAGCUUCUCUAUGCAAAAGAGAUUUCCACGUACAAGAAGAUGGUGGACGAUUACUACAGUGGCAUCCGACAGAUGGUUCCCGUCAGUGACCAGGACAUGAACACACACCUGGCCGAGGUGUCCAGGGAACACACGGACAAGCUGAACACCCAGGUGGCCUUGCAUCAGCUGUACCAGUAUGCCAGCAAGUACUACGAUGUGAUCAUCCAGUCGCUGGACGAAGACCCGGCCGCCCAGAACAAACAGCUCACCUUCCGCCUCCAACAGGUCGCCGCCGCCCUGGAGAACAAAGUCACCGACCUCUGACCUCCAUGGAGGCGGAGGGAUGGGGGAGCUGUUAAUUGUGGUUUUCCAGGUGAGGACUCAAAUGAGAGCGAUCUCCGACUGUUUCUACGCGUUUAAUCCUGUAAGAACUGAAGAGCGAGCAGCUGCGGAGCCGCAGGAAGGACCUUUCUGGGAGGACUUCAGCGGGGACUCUGGUGGAAACCAAAACGCUGAUUUCUUCUGCAUUUGUAAAACACACUUUCACUCGGCGUCGCAAAACAGAGAACGAAGACGGAUGCACAGCGUGUGCAGAAGGAGCUCCGUGAAAUCAAGUUAUUUUUCUAGAGGUAGCUAGGAAGAUUGAUUUGAGUUCUCCUUGGACCUUGGUUUGUCUAUGUUCAGCUUCUCUGCACUGCAGAUUUUUAUUUCGCAAGCAAAAAGUGCCACAUGAUGGAUGAAAAAUGUAAUUAGAGGGAUAUUUGUGAAGUAAUCGCACUUUGAGGGGGAAAGAAUUGUUUUUGGUACUUUUUUGGAAGUUCGGAUUGAAAGAACAGCUGCUCCGGGACCCUUUUGUGACCACUUUAAGACCCCGUCCACACGUAGCCGGAUAUCUGCGGAUAUCUGCUAAACCGGAGAUAUUUUCCUCCGUUUUGACCUGUCAUCCACACGAAAACGCAAAUAAACGAAGGUUUAAAAAAACUCCGGGCAAAGUGAAGAUUUUUGAAAACUCCGUUUAUGUAGAUGCGUGUGGACACACAUAACCGGAGAUUUGCGUUUUCGAACGUCACAUUAUGCGCCAAAACAACAACAAAUCUGCUCUGACGUGCGACUUUUGUUUACUAUAGAAAUACAGAUGAUCCAGCAUCUGUUCUCCAAGCUAUUUAUUAAAUAAAUGGUCUCUGCUCUUGACCGGCCGCUUACUGCGUUACACCGACACAGAGGGCUCCGCGGAGCCCCGCCGAGCCCCCCGGAGCCCCGGAACCCCGGAGCGGCGGAGCGGCGGAGCCCGCGGAGCUUCCCCGGGAGCCGCAGAUUAUCUACAGGUUAGAAUGCUUAUGAAUGUGUUCGAAAACGCAGAUCUUCGGUUACGUGUGGAUGCAAAUUUUUUUAUAAACGGAGGGGGGAAAUAUUCGUUUUUAAAAAUACCCGGCUACGUGUGGACGGGGUCUAAGUCUAUAAACUGUGGAUAUACGAAUGCUCUUUGAUCCAAGGUCAGUUUUUCUGCUCCAACCUUCAAUAAGAACCAGGAAACCUAAAAUCUGAAGUCCAACAGCAGCAGAGGAGGGUAAAAAAUAAUCAACCCAGGACGGUACGCACCACUGACCAGUAAUAGGUCUUGUCACGAUGGCUGAACUGAGAUCGGUGGUUCAGGGUACGAUGAGUUCAGAUAUUAGAGAAAAAAAAUCAACUGUUUCUUCUCAUAUCACAGCCAAAUGUUGCUUUUCCCAUCUCAGCAGCUGCAGUGUUUCUAUAGUGAUUCUGUUUAGUAUUUUUGUAUUCAGUCUUUGUCAUAACCUAUCUUUUAUUUUUUUAAUCAUUAUAUUUUUAUUUUCAUUUCCCCAUCGGGGUCUGACACAUCUCGUCCUGCAUUCACUUAUCUGACUGUGUGAGUUUCUGGGAGAGACGAUGUGUAGCCAGUUUUUACAAAACACACACGCACGAAUGCCUGAUCAUGGGAUCUAAACAGCUGAACACUUAUUUUUAAACAUGUUUUUAUGACCUGUAUCACAAAAUUGCUUUUGAAAUACAGAGCGAGAGAGUGGGUGUGAGUGCAGAAAUGUGUAUAUAUCCUCAGCGGCACACAUAAGAGCAGACAAAAAGACUUUCAUGUCUUUCAGGUCAGGCUUCCAUUGAUCCUUUAAAGGUGGUAAAGUGUUGAAAUGUAUAAAAAUUAAUUUAAAAUCAGCUCCAUCUCUGUAUCAUGCCAGUGGCUCUCAGAGCUGCAAAAAGACUUUAAAAGUGCAUCCAGGCAGUUUUUGCUCUAUUUGGUUUGAGUUUAGCUUUCUUGAUCUCUGUAAAACAGAUUUAUACAUUUAACACGAAACCAAGAGAAUCUGAUAGUUUCCUUACGAACUGUUGUCCUUUGUAUCAUUAUUUUGGAUGGUAAAUGUCUACAAGAUCAGCAAAGAGUAACCAUACAAUACUCAAUCCAUGCGUUUAGAUUGCUAUGGUUUAAGAAAUUGAAUACUUAUUUGUUUUUGUGUUGCAUGUAUAAAGCCUUAAAUAGUGAGGGGAAAAAAAUGUUUUGUUUUUUUUCCCCCAAAGUAGCAAACGCCUGGAAUAUUCUGAGAUUCUUAAAUUAAGUGCUUUAUGUGAGAAAUUUUCUUUUUAAGAAAAAGUAUUGUUGGUUAAAUAAAUUCCAGCCACACCACAGAUUCCUGAUAUAUAAAGUCUAUUCAGUUUUCCUCUAAACUUGUCCAGGUUGUAAAAAUUCUCCAGUUUCUCUGACAUUACGAUAAUAUGGUUAUUUUUGGCUGAAUUUGUUUUACUAAAUCCUAAUGCAAACUUGAAUAAUUUGAUUCCCUAGAGACAGAAACGUCUGAAAAUGUCAGCAUCGGUAACGCAUUAAAAUGAGGGUGUUUAGCUUCCAAAGCAGUCCAAGACUGUGAACCACUUCUGAGACUGGAUUUUAACGAAAUCGAUUUAAAUUUCAAAAAAGGAAGAUCCCAACACACUAUCUCAAUUGAAAAGUUUAAUGUUGGGUCAUCAUGGAAAACAGCCUGUUAACCUGCUCAUGAACCGAGUAAAAGCACGAGUUCUUGUCAUACAGCCCUAUUCCAGUUGUAUGUCCCUUAUUUCUGUGGUUUGAGUCAUUUAAAGUAUUCAUAAAAUCCAUAUAAUCCUACAAAAACAGUUUUACCAUCAAUGAUUGAAGAGAAAUCUGCCUCUUAGCUCUUAAAUUUCCUACAGACCUCCGCACUGCUCCCCCAAAAAGGACACUCUCUGCCCUGAGCUAAAGUGGUCUGAUCAGGCUCGCCCACCAAUCUUGCUUUAGAAAUUUUAAAUAGAAUUGGAGAAAAAAAGGCAUUUUAUUGGAUGAGAAUAAACAAUCCAUCAUUGCUGGUUGGAGAUAUGGUGUAUAGGUAGCACAUGCUGCAAGGAUCAUGCAAAACAUUUAAAAUUCAAUUACUUUAACUAGUAAAAUAUGUUCUCUGUUUUUGAGAUUUCUGCAGAUCAACAGUUUUGAAUGUCAUUACAAUUCUGGUUUAUUUACUUAAUUUGAUGUGUGUACAUUGGGUUUUUUUUGGCCUCCUGAGCCCAGAUGACGUGCUUUCUGCAGAGCGCGAGUCGUGUGUGUACAAACUACAUCCUGAUACUUGUGGAGCAAUAAGAUCUUCUGUUUUGGCUGAACACUCUUUGAGUCCCACGUGAUCUCCAGAUACAAACGUCUGAACUCGUUGCUUUCUCCUUGUAGAAAUUUAUCUGAAAUUGUUUUGUCAAAAGCCGCUUCGGUGCCAAAUAACUUAAAGAAAGUUUUGUGUAAUUUGCUUUAAGUCGUAUGUUUGAGUGUAACUAGAAAUAAGUGGAACUAACUGUCGUAUGUUGAAAAAUCCGAUGGUACUUUUUCUGAGAAACUGUUUAAAUGUGAAACCUUUGUGCUUGAGAUGCUCAGACAUCUGCAGACCUUUCACAGGAUUUCAAAGAAAACAUUUGCCUUGUGAUGUUUGAGUCACUUUGUGUUGCUGACGUUCAGUAAAAGAGCUCAGUCUGAACUCAUUCUGCAUAGCUGAAAUUUAAAAUAUGAGCUCUGAUACUUGAGAAGUUAUUUUCCUCCUCCUGCCGUCACUUGCUUCUUUCUGCCUUCUCUUUUUCCACCAGCGAGUGCCUUAAAGAGUUCAAGGGAAAAAAUUAGAAGGAAGGAAGGAAAAGCCAAACAAGGCUUCUAGAAGCACAUGUUUGUUUACAGAUGGUUUAACUGCACUUUGUUCUUCUGAAUUGGAGGAAAGCAGAGGAAAGUGGGAGCUGCCGAAGUGAUCCGUCGUGAAAUGGAGUUUAAAGCGAACUUUGAAGUGCAGAGUGUGGUCGGCAGGGGGCGGUUUACGUUCCCCACCGACGUGAUAAACACGGUAGCGGUCGCUAGCUCUCACCAACUAAACAAGACUUUGCACAAGAAGACAAACCCAAACAAAGCUGAUGUCUCGGUCGUGCUUAUUUUCUGGAAGCACAAACGUUCAGUAGCUCCUCUUGGUCACUCAGAACAUUAUAUUAGUACAUUAGUGAUUUGCAAAAGCUAUUUUCAUCCCCGAUUUUAUUAACCCAUUCUUGGAAAACUGCAAAAACUGUCUCUCGAGCCAUUUCACCAACUCUUUUUAUGCACAACCUAAACACAGAGGAAAGAACAAGUAGCACCAUAUUUGGGAUGGAUUGUAAGCAUGUAUAAGUGGAAAGAUUUUCAUUUUUGUAAAUGUUAUGAAAGAUCUUUAUCGGUGCUCUUUAAGAGAUGAUUUUGGCAAGAGUUAUUUGUAGGACUUUAAUACAGAAGGAUGUGUGAGAUUAAUACAUUUCCACUUUUAUCUUUGCAUUUACAGUUGCUUUUAUGUAGGUUUAGACAGUGAAACUAAUUCCUUUAUGAUAAAGAACAUUAUAUUAUUGUUCAGAAUAAGUUAGAUGCUACUGGAGGUUCCCAACAUCAUUCUAAAACAAGUUGUCUAAACUCCUUCCAACAAAAGCAGUUGGACGUUUUGUGUCAGAAUCCGCUGAUGGAAACAGAUUUUAAUACAAUUUUCCAUUUCACAGAAAAUUUUAUGUUCGAUUUAGAGUUUCUUUUCCAAGAGAAGCGAUGAUGUUCUGAAGGGAGAUGGAAAAAGCUUUUGUGAAUCAUUCCAGGCUCAGUUGAUGUGAUCAGUCCUGUUUGCUAUCAGUGUUUCUGCUUGAUGGUAAAUAAACAUGGCCAGGACUCAAAAGUUUAGUUUCCAGUCACCAACUGCUGCUUUGGUGGUCAGUCUUGCGUAAGUUUACCUGCAGCACCGCCUGCAGGCCGGUCAGCGGAAAUGUACCAGAUAGUUUUUUACAGAGACAUUUGCUUAGUUAAAUGAAGACAAUUGUCAUUAUUUUUAGUUUAUUUUAGGGAAACCUGACCUGAAGAGCUGUGGAGAAACCAACAUGUCCUUUGCUCAUACGUUUUCAAAGAGCCUCCUCGUCCUGCAGUCCAUCUCCCCAACACGGUUUAUUGGAUCCCCCGGGAUUGCUUUAAAAAAGUUCCAUAUUCAAAAACUUUUACAAGUAAUGCAGGCAAAAACAAAAAGAAGAUGUCAUCAGAAGAUUCUCUGCUGGUUGUCUUUUUGGUGAAUUUUGAGAUUUGACAGAAAAAUGAGUUGUUGAUCUCCGUAAACCCACGAAUGCGCGACAAUAGAUAAAAAUCAAGUGGUUUUUGGGUUAAGGUACAGAAGAGAUGAGCACAGGGAGCAGAGCUGGUUUGAGGAUCUGUUUGUUGUUGUUUUUGUGAAAUUGAAAUAUAGCUGAAUAUAAUGUUUGAAGCACAUGUAAACAAAAUGGUUGAAUGUUCUAUAAAACCCACCUGUUCUGAAGCUUCUUCCCGACAUCACAAGUGUUAUACAGUAUGUGUUUAUAUUGUGUAGGAGUUCGUACAUCAGAUCCAGCUUUUCCAUCGUUUAUUCUUGUAACAUGACUGUAGGAGUCAAAUGGUUUGGAUGGACCAAGAGUAAACUGAAACGGCACUUCCAGUAACCUGAACUGGUCUGAACUGGACUGAAGCCCAAAUCAGUGACUCUUCCAAGGAAGUGGAGAAGUGGGCAGAAAAUCCAGAACUAGGAAGUCCAAAUAUCCAAAUAAAAGAGGUUUAUACGAAUGAAAA